UGUUCUUCCUGUGCUCUGCUGUGUUCUUCACCAAUGUGUAUGUUUAUUCUUCGUUUAAUUUUAAAUACAAAAAUUUAUUUAAGUCGUCCCCAAGAUCCGCCAAACGAUGAGACAAAGGCAAAUGGGACUGGAACGCCACUGUCAAAUGUGACCGGAUCGCCAUCGAAUGGAUCUCAAUCGACCACAAAUGCGACCUUGGAUGAACAUCUGCAAGAGGAAAACAAAGGCAAAACUCGUCAGCCUGAUCCAAUGUUCCGUGCAAUGUUCCCACAGGGAGACGGUCCGCGAGAGCUCUUAGAUAAAAAGAUAAAGGAUUAUAGCGAUAAGGUGGGGCAUGUGAAAGCGUUCAGUCUGAUCAACGAUGCUGCUACUGCCAAAAGCUCCGAAUCCGGGGGAACUGAGCCAACUGGUAAGUGCAAAGCAAAGAUAUUUUGA